AAAUUACAUUGCCUCUAUGGACAAACCUAUAGAAUUUAUUACUUACAAAUAUUUAUAUAUAUAUACUCGUAAAACUCUAAUAGCCUACAUUUAUUCGUAGAAUUAAAGUUUUGAAAACCAUCACACUUUAAAAUGUUAAUUUACACAAUACUUUUGCAAUAUCUAAUAUUGCACGCCAAUUCGGCUCCUAUACUUAAUAAGAAUAUCAAUGAAGAUAUUUCCUAUCAAGAAAUUGAACAAAUAAUCUAUUCGAAUGUUGAACAUUUAUUAGAGGGGUUUCAAUUAGAAAAGAAGCACAUUCAAUAUCCAACUACUACCACAUCUAACCAGUAUCCAGGAGGACCAGGAAACCAACAACCACCUCAUGGUCCUGUAACUACUACCAGUACAACUUCUACUCAUGGUCCAGGUGGUCCAGGAAACCAACAACCACCUCAUGGUCCUGCAACCACUACUAGUACAACUUCUACUCAUGGUCCAGGAAAUCAACAACCACCUCAUGGUCCUGCAACCACUACUAGUACAACUUCUACUCAUGGUCCAGGUGGUCCAGGAAAUCAACAACCACCACAUGGUCCUGCAACCACUACCAGUACAACUUCUACUCAUGGUCCAGGUGGUCCAGGAAAUCAACAACCACCUCAUGGUCCUGCAACCACUACCAGUACAACUUCUACUCAUGGUCCAGGUGGUCCAGGAAGUCCAGCAGGUCCAGGAGGUCCAGGAGGUCCAGGAGGUCCAGGAGGUCCAGGAGGUCCAGGAGGUCCAGGUGGUCCAGGUGGUCCAGGAGGUCCAACUAACACAGAAUCACCAAACUAUCCAGGAGGUCCAUGAGGUCCAGGAGGUCCAAAUUAUCCAGGCAGUCCAGGCAGUCCAGGUAGUCCAGGAGGUCCAACUAAUACAGAAUCACCAAACUAUCCAGGAGGACCAGGAGGUCCAGGCUUUCCAGGAGAUGACAAUCAAUCUUCUCAAGAACCAUCAGCUAGUGCAUCUAUUGAAGAUAAUGAACAACAAUCAGAAGAUCCAAGCACUGGUGAUGUAACUAGCGAACUUGAGGAGCAAAUAUCACAAUAUCCAGAAAAUG